AUAAUUUUUGGAUUUAAUCUAAUGUAUACUUGAGGAUAUAUUGGGUUUGAAAGAGAUUGCAUGUCUUGUGGAGGAGGGAGGAAAUGCAGGAGAGGUGAGAAAGAUUGCAAAGGCAGUGAGGUUAACCAUGGGAUUGAGGAAGCUUAUUAAUGCUUCUGUGCUGUCUUCUUUCCUCAACUAUGUAUCCGCAGGCAGCUAUCAACUCAUUGGGGAUGAAAUUGUACAAGUUGAUACUGCAAAGCAACAACUUUUAUUGCCGGAGCUUGAGAUUUAUUGCUACUUGCUUCUUCUUAUACAUCUGAUAGAUCAGAGAAAGUAUAAUGAGGCAAAAGAUUGUUCUUCAGCAAGCAUUGCUCGACUGAAACUCUUCAACAAGACGACAAUUGACGUUUUAGCUUCUAAGAUCUACCACUACUAUUCUUUGAGCCAUGAGCUCACCGGUCAUCUUUCUCAUAUCCGACGUAAUCUCCUUAAUUUGCACCAUAUCGCAACACAGAGAAACGACAAGCUGGGCCAGGUGUGUCUUGUGUACUCCAUAACCCAACUCUUGAUCCUAUUAUCAACUUUUUUUGGGUGUACUUAAUUCGCUUGAUGCAGAUAUGCAAUGCAUUAUGAUGCAGGAAACCCUUUGUAAUCUGCUAUUACGGAAUUACCUUCACUACAACCUAUAUGAUCAAGCAGAGAAAUUUAGGUCAAAGGCACCCCAUUUCGAAUCUCAAUCGAACCCACAGGCAAAUCUCCAACAUCUUUCAUUAUG